ACGAAACAAAAACAAACGCUUCUCGCCGAUGUGGACGGAAUCUCUAUGGGAAAUAAGUGAAGAUCUAGUCAUGGAGGACAAAUAGCAGUGAUGUUGAUGGAUCCUUUUGACAAAGGACAACAGAGUCCUCGCAAAGCCCAGUCGUUUGGCGAUAAAUUGGCUGCUUUUUCGUCUCGAUCGCUCGCCAGAUAUCUCUCUGACGAAGUGAAUAUAUCCGGCUCUUUCAUCUCACAAAGAACAAGUAUUCUCCAGGAUGUCAGAGCAAGUAGGUGAAUUUGUGUACAGCAAGAAAGACUUUAUUGGACAUGGAGCUUUUGCAGUCGUUUUUAAAGGACAUCACAGAAAGAAAGAUGACUUCGUGGUAGCUAUUAAGGUCAUCGCAAAGAAGAAUCUCUCCAAGACUCAGAAUCUUCUUGCAAAGGAAAUAAAAAUUCUAAAGGAACUUCAUCACGAAAAUGUGGUUUCUCUUUUCGACUGUCAGGAAACAUCCAAUAAUGUCUUUCUUGUUAUGGAGUAUUGCAAUGGAGGGGAUCUUGCAGACUACCUUCGUGCAAAGGGAACCCUCAGUGAGGAUACAAUCCAUAUUUUCUUACGUCAGAUAGCUUCUGCCAUGUGCACACUGCAAUCCAAAGGUGUCGUGCACAGAGAUUUAAAGCCUCAGAAUCUACUGCUGCAUCAUGCAGGGACAACCACUCCCUCACCAUCACAGAUCAAGAUAAAGAUUGCUGACUUUGGGUUUGCAAGAUUUCUCCCUGGUGAAAUGAUGGCAGCUACUUUAUGUGGAUCUCCUAUGUACAUGGCUCCUGAAGUUAUAAUGUCCAAAGGAUAUGAUGCCAAAGCUGAUCUCUGGAGUGUAGGGACAAUUGUUUACCAGUGUCUCACUGGUAAAGCCCCCUUUCAGGCAAACAGCCCUCAGCAGUUAAAGAAGUUUUAUGAAAAGAGCAAAUCUGUUUCUCCAAAUAUACCAGCUGGUACUUCAAACCACUUGAAAGACCUACUUAUUGGAUUAUUAAAAAGGAAUCCUCGUGACAGGCUGGAUUUUGGUGAAUUCUUUGCUCAUCCUUUCUUGACUGGCAGAGUUCCCCAUCGUGCAUCUACCCCAGUUGCUGUCCCAGCUCCUCAGCGUAAACACUCUGGCAGUUCUCAUGGAACAAGGUCACCUUCCUAUUCCCCAAACUUUGGUGCAGAAGCUUUGGGUGACAUAAGAGUUGAUCUUCUUCAUCGCAUCACUCCACCCUAUGAUGGCACAGGCAUUUCCCCUCAGGACCCUCCCACAAUUAUGAAUAUCAGCACCUCUGCAAACAACUCAGGUGCACAGCUUAGUUCUCAAGGUGCCUACCCUCCAAAUGCAGUGCAAGAUGAUGAGCUAGCUGCUGAGGGUUUUGUGCUGGUCCCAUCUAAUCCAGAAACUCCAAGAUAUCAUCAGCAGAGGCAUCAUUCUGAUCCGCUGUUUCCUUUCUACGGCCAAUCACCUCCAAGGACUGUCAGCAGUCCACAGUCUCCUUCUCCUCCAUCGUCACGCACUCCUCAGAGAGCCACCUUUAUGGUGGGUUCGCCACUGUCAGCAUCCCCAGUCUCCCCACCUUCACCUCUGGUACAGGCCCCGCCUGCUCUUUCCCCAUUGUCAUCUCCAUCAUCUGCAGAAUCCCCUCCAGUUGAAAUCCCAAUAAGAAAGCGCACAAGUGCCUCUCCAGGACCUAUACCAAAGGGUCAGCCAUCAUCCUCUCCUCUGCCUAUUCCACGCAGUGGAAGUGUACCCAAACAGGCACCCUCUCGAACCUCCCCGUCCCCUACUCACCACGGAACUAGUUCAGGCAUAACUCCUAGAAAGCAGAUAGUUGGCACCCCGUCCUCUAAACCGUUAGUAGGCAAGAGCCCAAAUAGUAGCCCAAGUGCACUGAAAAGUGGCAGCAGCCGAAAAAACAGUCCAGCAACACAGAGACAAGCAGCGCAGGUUAGCCCCAAGGGAUCUUCUAUUCCUCUCACUGCUGCUGCCCAGGCUUUAAGUGUGCAAGCACGGUCUGAGAUGACCGUGGGCUUGCACCAGCAAGCUCUUGCAGGAUUUUCUAACACGAAUGCUGAUAAGGGGCUGGCACGGGGUGCAGCAGUUGGGACUUUCCGAAGAGCUCUCUCCAAUAUUGAACCUUUGGUUACUCAGUCACCGGACAGCUCGUCAAUAUUGACAGCUCUGGCUCGUCAUUCAAGGUCAGGAAUGGGUGUCCCAAUAACAGACCUCUCUGAGCCAGGAGCAGAGACCAAGCAGAUCAUACGCGUGCACAGCUCGCCGGCUAUACUAGCAAUGGGCCUUCCAAGGAAGGGAAGCUUGUUGGCAUCAACAGGGUUCCAACUAGGGGCUGCAGGGACAUCUUCCGUGUUCCGUCGGAAUUCAGGUGGUGGAUUCACCCCCCUGAGAGGAAAGAGUCCACCUAUUUCAUCCUCUCCUACCGGACUUCCUACCAUACCAGGCUCGCCGACAAAGACAUCCCAUAGUACGGAGGCCAACGAUCCCACAGUUGAUCCUGACAAUAAGAUGAAGCCCUUGAAGGGUCUUUUUACUGUUGGGUCGUGUUCGCCAAAAACGAGCGAGAAUAUGUUUCUACUCGGGAGGAAUUCACCAAACGCGACUAAGAAUGGAGAGAAACCUGCUGUUGUUAGUCAAGGAACGAAAGUCACUCUCGGAUUUGGAGACAAUUUUCCUCCCAGGAGCCACAAGAGGCACAUGGUUGGACGAGAGGAAACCGAGGCGUCUUCACCAGACAUGGAGGGCCCCAUAGCUCUUAUAGCUCCUGAACUGCCAGAGGAUACUCUCUUAGAUAUGGAGCACACGGAGGGCGUUAGGAAACUCAAUUUCGUUUUGUCAUUGACGGAUGCCAUUCUUGAGGUGAUCAGUGCCAGGGGAACACCUUUUACAGUGCUGACAGACUCUGUGGCCAUCCGACAAAACGAAAGCCUCCUCGCAGAUCAGAUUGGACUGAAAAGUGACGAGUUAAGGAAAAUGGAACAGUUGGUACUGUACGUGAAAGCUCUACGGGCUCUUAAUCUAUCUCUUCUCUUCGCACAAGGAGAAAUCAGAGUUGGCCACCUAAAACCCUCCAAUGCUGUCAAGAAUGUUCUAAACGACUUGAACAGUCGAUAUCACCAGUGUUUGGAGAAGGCGUCCCACCUGAAGCAGCUCUUAGAACCUGGACUACAGACACUUGAUGGAAAAUCUAUGACGGUGAGCUUACAAUAUGUAUGUGUUAAAUCCUUUCGAGAAUUAAAUCAGCUUUCUGCAACAUAAUUGCUUUGGUUUUGCUACUGUUCGCUUUGCGAUUGGCGUAAAACUUUGCACCAUUGUCGCUACCAAAGAGUAAUAUGCAGAGAUUAUAUCAAUCGUGGCUUGGUCACUCGCGUUUCCAAGCUUCAGACGAGUUUCGUCCAUUUUAGCUGA